UUUUGGAGCAUCCGCUUGUCUGGGUGUCCGUCUGGGUGUCCUCCUGCCUGUCUCUUCUCGUGGCUGUCUGUCAUUCGGGGUGUCCAGCUGUCCGGGUGUCCUUCUGUCUUGUCCUUUUCCUGCUGGCAUCCAAGCUCCCUGUUGGGGUGCCAGCCUGUCUUUCCAGCUGUCUGUCCAUCCAUCUGCCGCUCUCCCCACCAUGUACACAGCCUUCCCCAAAAGCGGUUCCCCCUUCGGCCCCGCGCCCACCCGCCCUGGGCUGCACAUCUGGCGCGUGGAGAAGCUGCACCCAGUGCCGGUCCCUGAGAGCUCUUGGGGCGUCUUCUUUUCGGGAGAUGCCUACCUGGUGCUGCACCUGGGGCCCGAGGAGCGAGCCCACCUGCACCUCUGGAUCGGUCGGGAGGCGUCGCAGGACGAGCGGGGGGCUUGCGCCCUGCUGAGCACCCAGCUGAAUGCGCUGCUGGGUGAGCGCCCCGUCACCCACCGCGAGGUGCAGGGCCACGAGUCUGAUGAGUUCAUGGGCUACUUCCCCCGCGGCAUCACCUACCAGGAGGGCGGUGUGGGCUCGGCGUUCAAGUCGGCGCAGCAAGGUGCUGGCCCCGGCCCCGUGCGCCGGCUCUACCAGGUGAAGGGCCGCAGGAACAUCCGGGCCACGGAGCGGGACCUGAGCUGGGCCAGCUUCAACACCGGGGACUGCUUCAUCCUCGACCUGGGCCAGACCAUCUUCACGUGGUGCGGGGCGCGGUGCAACGUGCUGGAGCGGAGCCGUGCACAGGAGCUGGCCACAGCCAUCCGCGACGGCGAGCGGGGCGGCAAGGCACGCCUGGAGACGGUGGUGGAUGGCGAGGAGCCACCAGAGAUGCUGCAGGUGCUGGGCCCCAAGCCCACCUUGCAGGAGGGCAGCCCCGAGGAGGACGCGGUGGCUGAUCGGAACGCGGGGACGGCCGUUCUCUACAAGGUGUCUGAUGCCACGGGGCGCAUGGACCUGAGCGAAGUGGCCCGGAGCUGCCCCUUCAACCAGAGCCUGCUGUGCCCUGAUGACUGCUUCGUGCUGGACACGGGCGCUGGGGGAAAGGUCUACGUGUGGAAAGGGCGCAAAGCCAAUGAGCAGGAGCGGCAGGCGGCCCUCAGCGUGGCCGAGCAGACCAUCAACCGCAUGGGCUACUCGCCCCACACACAGGUGGAAAUCCUGCCACAGGGCCGCGAGACGCCCCUCUUCAAGCAGUUCUUCAGUGGUUGGAAGUGAGGGGGCACCGUGGGGACAGGGCAGGACAGGGACAGGCUGUGACCCCCAUCCCCACACCCACAUUCCCCACAACACCUCCACCCCCAUGUCAGCUCUAAGCCCAACCCAGCCCUGCACCAUCACCCCACUCCUACCAUCUCCAAGGCCAUUCCAUCCCCCCGCCACCUCCAUCUCCAUGGCCAUGCUGUCCUCAAUGCAGUCUCCAAGGCUAUGCCAUCCCAUACCACCUCUCUCUUUAAGCCCGUGCCAUCUACAAGAUCACUCCAUCCCCAUGCCAUCCCCAUGCCACCUCCACCUCCACACCCAUGCUGCUCCCAUACCAUCCUCUCUGCCACCUCUAUCUCCAAGUCCAUGCCAUCUCCAUGCCCACAUCGUCCCCAUGCCAUCCCAUUGCCACCUCCAUCUCCAGCCCCACCUCUAUGGCAUCCCAUCCCAAUGCCAACCCUGUGCCCCAUCCUAUGUUGUCCUUGAGCCUCUGCCAUCCCCAUGCCUCCUCCAUCACCAUGCCCAUGCUGUCCCCAGUGCCAUCCCCAAGGCCAUGCCAACCCCACACCCCCUCCAUCUCCAUGGCCACGCUGUCCCCAUGCCAUUCCCUGUGCCACCUGUCUCCAAGCCUGUGCCAUUUCCUUCUCCACGUUCAUGCCACCUGCAAGGCCAUGCCAUGCCCAUGCCACCCCCCGCUCCAACCCCAUUUCCAUGCCAUCCCUUCUCAGUGCCAUCUCCUUGCCCCAGCACAUGCCUUCCCCAAGCCCACCCUGCCGUGCCACAUCCCUGCUUUCACCGACGUGCCUGCAUGCCACUCUCAUGCUGUGCAAAUAAAGGCGUGAUGCUGA